AUGCCAAAUCUCAAAUACUCCAUGCCCAAAGUCCUCUCCCGGAGCCCGCUGAACGCCGAAGAAGCCCAAUGGAAACGCCUAAUCAAAACAACAUAUCUCGAUCCCAACGGUGUCGAACGUUCCUGGGAAUCUGGGGAGUAUCAAAAGCGGCCCGCAGGUGUCAAAUCAGUCGUCGGCGUUAGCGUGGUGACCAUCCUCCCCAAAAGCACGGGUCCGGAACUUCUCCUGCUGAAACAAUACCGACCCUCCAUCGACAAGAUAGCCAUUGAGCUUCCCGGAGGUAUGAUAGAUGCUGGGGAAAGUCCGGAGCAAGCUGCUGUACGAGAACUGAAAGAGGAAACGGGUUAUGUGGGUGUAGUCGCGGAAAGUAAAAGGAAUCUUCUCUUCAAUUCUCCGGCAUUCUGUAACAAUAACUUCCAGUACGUCUAUGUGGACGUAGACUUGUCGUUGCAGGAGAAUCAACAGCCACAGGCGCAGCUGGAAGAGGAUGAGUUCAUCGAGUGCUUUGCCGUCCCUAUGGCAUCGCUAUUCUCGGAGUUGAAAAAGCUUGAGAGCGAAGGGUAUGCAGUAGAGACGAGGAUUGUUGCCAUUGCGGAGGGUCUCGAGAUAGCUAGAAGAUGGAGCUGUUCGUAG